AUGUCAUUUUUCGCUCGAGUUUUCCGCAGCAAAGAUGCUAGCAGUUCCAAGAAACAAUCAAAGCAAAACGGUGUUGGUCAGGUUCAACAGAAGCCCCAAUGGACCGACGCAUUCCUCCGUACGGAGGUGAGCCCAGAAGAGGUACAGGAGUUGCUACAUGGAUGUACGAUCGAGCUAAAAUCGAGAGGUCUCGAAAUUCCGUUUCUUCUUCUUCCGUUUCGCCCCAACUCGGAUCCGAGUUCAGCACGCACUUUUAUUCGACACUACUUCAGCCCUCCUCCGGAGAGGCCUGAACCACUUCGCGGGAAACAUCUAUCACAAGAGCUGCGUUUGACGGAACCAAUGGUAUUGUGCAGCAUUAUGAAAUGGUGCUGGAGCCGAUUGCCUGGAGGAGUGGUCACCUGGGAAGCAUAUGAAUUAUUCAAAGUUGGAGAACAAGACUCCCAAUUCGCCCGCGAUGCUUUCUCAACCUUUAUUCCUUUAAGCGUGGAAUCAGAUGCCCGAACGAAAAUUAUCUUAGACUUCUUCGAUCUUAUGUCUGCUGUUGCAGCUCACGGAAAGACCAAUGGUUUUGGAGGGCGUAAGCUUUCGCGAUAUGCCGGUUGGUGGGCUUUCGAUCAUACUGACUCCGGGAAUGGGUUUGAAUCAAGUUAUAAGAAUUGGGCAAGUGCGGCGGACGCGACGAGCCAUUUAUUUUUUGCUUACCUUCGUUCUCUAUCUCCCGAUUCCAUUCGUGGGUCCAAUGGCAUUUCUACCCUUCCAAUCUCGUUGCAAAAUCUCGUCCAGGCUACAGAGUACCCACCAGAACCUCCUACCCUCCUUCAAGUGGAAUCAACCAAAGUCGUAAUGAUUGUCGACACGGUUUCUCCGACCCCAUUCGCUUUGCUUCGACGGGCCAAAAAUUUCGAAUAUAGAGAUAGCGACCUUGCCUUGCAGCAAUUCUCAAAUUUCGAUGAUCCUGUCAGAGCGCUAACUGACGAAUGUCGUAGAGUGUUGCGAUGCAUAUCCUCCACGAACCAAUCCAAUGUUUCGGCAGCUGCCCAAGAAUCAGCUGCUCUCCGUGAUGCAUCAUGGUCAAGAUUCGAGGAUCUUGGCUUCACGGAUACAAUCGAAGAGGGAGAUGGUGAAAAUGAUGGGGAUGGGACUGUGACGAAACAUGCGGGAUCGCUGGGUCUGAGGUCCGCUCCUCACUCUCGUACUGCUGAUCUUGGUCGACCGACCACACCUUCAUGGGCUGAUUUCCUCUCGUCUGGAUUUGCUGAUGAAAAUGAACCGCAAAGCCGUCCUCCAUUCCUCCUGCCUCCCGACAAAGUCCUCCCGCCAAUACAGACUGUGCGCGGACAAAGUUCCCAGUCUCAUAAACGUAUGUUUGACCAGGAAUCGUCUGCUGAACCAGGGGAACUGGCAAGUAUAACUACCAUGGACCUGGAUGCUUCAUUCUGGUGGGUUUGGAUUAGCAGUUUAUCUGGCGAGGAACCAACGCAGCGAAAAGCCGUUUUUGGACGCUGCGCUUUGAUUGAAACUUCCAUCUCAGGUGGCAGGUGGUUCGUGUUGGAGGAGCAGGUGAAAGGAGCAGCUCCGGAACCCGAAGUGGGCGCAUAUAUAGCUGAAAAGAAGGGCUUUUUUGGUUUUAGAUCGCGAAAGGGGCGAUUAAUACGACGGAAGUCAGCUGUAAAAAAAAUCUCAACCAUUGAGGAACCAUACCAGCGUGCUAACAGCACCACAGCAAUAAGCAAGACUAGCAUCGGCCCUGAUCAGCAUGCCAGGAUCCAAGCUGCCGCUGCUGCACUCCAGCGGAAACACCGAGAACAAGAGCAGGAACAGGAGCGAGCGGCAGAACAUCGCAAUAAAUCGGAUGACUUGAACUAUUCGAAGUCGAACUCAAUUAUGUCCAUGCAACCGCUGGUUAUGACUGAGGUCUCGCAGGCGAUGAAGUGGGCUAACAAUUACGAUAAGAACGCCGUUCGAGCUGCCUAUCUCGGAAAUAACAUGGCUGGAACAGGUGCUCCUGCAGAGUCCCUACAAAUUUCUACCAAUAGACUAGCACAAAAUGGGUCUCUUAAUCCCAGCAGCUCCCCUCCAGAUUGCGAACAUCCUGUUCCUUCAAAGGAAGAUGCAAAUGCUUCCCAGUUUGCUGCCGAGCAGUCUGAGAUUUCGAAGAACACGGCAUCUGACUUGGAUCCUGCCACCACACCUGCUUCCGAACCUCCUGCCAUUCAUUCCGUUGAAACAGCUUCACCAGAACGGGCCCGAGGUAAGAAAUCUCUUGACUCAACCGAAGAACACAAGAAGCUUAAGAAGAAGCCUGGAAACACAACGCUUAAGGGCAUGUUUAGUAAGAAAACAGAAAAGGUAGAGCAGCCUCCAGUGAAACCAACCGGAGCAGAGACGUCUGCCGUUGCUGCUGCAAGGGCUGCCCUGGAAGGUCGAACUGCACAGGUCGCACAACCGUCGACUUUAGCCCCGUCCAAACUCCCUACUGCGCACCGCCUUUCUGGAUUUGGAAGGAAAAAGCCUUCCGAAUCAAGCCCCCCACAGACUAAUUCCAAGCCAAACACCCCACCUGUUCCUGAGGAACCAAAGACCGCCCACACCCCAGUGACCACCCCAUACGAUGGCCCACCAUGGACUCGAAGGGAAAAGGAGCUCGACGCCCUUUCCCGCGUGGAUACUAACGAGAAAGCACGGGCUGAUCGUGAAUUUUCCUCCUUUGACCACCAAGCCCCAUUCGUUGACCAGCCCGCUUUCGUUCCCGCGGAUUCUCCCACCACAGAAGAAUUCCCGGAACGGGACCGCCAAACUCACCACCCACCCGCCAAACAACAAGCUCCAGUGAAUGGCCAUGACAAGCCAGAACCUAUGGAAAAACCAAUGGCGCUGCAGGACCGUUGGGCUCAAAUCCGGAAGAACGCUGCCGAGCGUGCUGUCCAUAUAGACGACCAUCCGUCAAGAAGGCCUGAGCCAGAGAAGACGGAUGAUGGCGAAACAAGUGGAGAAGAGACGAUCGAAUCCCGAGUUGCACGCAUCAAGGCUCGUGUUGCUGAGUUGACUGGGAAUAUGGAAUCCUAG